UUCCCAUUUGCCUGCGCGAUGAACGGGCAAUUGGAAGGGCAGCGCAAAGACGACGACGUGGACGCGGAGUAUGAGGAGUUGAUUCCGCCGGAGAACUUUGCCAUGGUGGAGCGUGGGCUGUAUCGGAGCGGGUUUCCCAAGAAGAAGAAUUUCACGUUCCUGCGCACAUUGGGGCUCAAGUCCAUCCUGACAUUGGUUUUGGAGGACUACCCGCUGUCGAACAACGAAUUCAACAAACUCAACAACGUGACACUGCUGCAAUUCGGCGUCCCAGGCAACAAGGAACCAUUCGUGGAUAUCCCGGAAAAGGGCAUCGCCGCCGCGCUCAGUGCUGUCUUGGAUCAACGGAAUCACCCCAUGCUCAUCCACUGCAACAAAGGCAAGCAUCGAACGGGAUGCCUUGUCGGGUGUCUGCGCAAGGUCCAGCGAUGGGCGUUCAGUUCCAUCUUUGACGAAUACAUUCGCUUCUCCCAUCCCAAGCCACGCAUGAUGGAUCAGCAGUUUAUCGAAUUGUUCAAAACCGAACUCGUCAAAGAAUCGGCCGACAAUCGACCGGCGUGGCCAGGGCUAUAAUAAUCCACAAAACAAUCAAAACUGGCGUAUAUAUAUAUAUAUAUAUUUCCAGACGGAGCCGUAGUACACUACCCCUACACUUUGGUCUCCAAUCCCGUGCGUGGGCGUGACGUGUUGUGGUUUGGCUGCUUCCGCGGCGGGUUCUUGCUCCUCGUGUGUCGCUUCUUCAUCCACAUGCCGCCGCCCAGAACCAGCGCCGCCACGGCCACGACCACACCCACCACGAUGCCGAUGGUCGCGCCCGAGAUGGACGUGCCGUUGGUUCCCGUGCUGUUCCCCACGGUGUACUUGCCAAUCUUGGGCAGGAUCCCCUUUUCCACAAAGAACCCGUUGUCAAACAUCAUGCUGAACCCUUUUUCGAAAAAUUCGCCGGCGGCCGGCCCGGGCAUCGCGUCGGCACUCACGCCGACGUUGCACGCGCCAUCCGACUGUCCUGGUGUCUUCAGCCACAAAAAGUACUCGACCAAGUCGGACCCUGUUUGGUCGGUGGGGGGUAGCCUACAACUACAGUGUAAAAAUUCUGGAGACAGUGG